GUUCGUUACGUUUUACCCGCAAUAGCCGGUGGCUACACACUCGCUCGUCCCCUUUGACUCACCGGAUAUCGAUGGUUUCCUCUAACUAACUUUUUUUUUUUCCUCCAAUUUUUUUUUAUAAAACUCUUAAAACAAAACCCGUUGUUGCCUCUUUUGUUUGCUCACUCCUCUCUCUCUCUUUCUCGCCGACACUUUCUUUUUCACUCGUGUUCGUACGUAACGUUCUUGAUCCGGUAGAUUUUUGUAUCACUAUCUUUUUCUGCAUAAUUGACACAAAACACUUGUUACAAUGGAGUUUUUGUUUGUUUGAUUCCUCUGUUUUUAUGCAGAAAAAAAAAACGAGCUUCUAGCUUCUCGUCUAAUAAAAGUGAAGUCUGAAAAGGAAUUUUAGUUCACAAGGUUGUUGUAGUUGAAAUCAAGAUUCAAAGCUCUUGAAGAUGGUUGAAGAAAAGAGGAAAAUUUCAGGAAGAUCGGUUUCGCUUCCAUCGAUAGACAUAUUAUUAGACGAGAAACCAGGUUGGCCUUUUCUUAAAAGAGCAACUUUAGGGACACCACAAGUUCACCAAUGGCACACACGAAAAGUCUCAGUGGUCAAUUGGGUCAUGAGCUUACCUGAACGGUUUCCACGUCAUCAUCAUCAGACUCUAAACUAUGAGACAAGCUUGAUCAAGAAACAAAUCAAGGACAUUUUGAGAGACAACAAAAAAUGGUUCAAGUACAAUGUUCUUAAGAAAGCAACAUCAGAUUUCUCUCAAGAGAAUGUGAUUGGGAAAGGAGGAUGCAACGAAGUGUACAGAGGGAUUCUUGAAGAUGGAAAAGGCAUUGCAGUGAAAAUCUUGAAGUCAUCAUCUAAAGAAGCUAUGACAAAUUUUGUUCAUGAAAUCAAUAUUAUCUCUUCUUUGAGUCACCAAUACAUCUCACCGUUACUUGGUGUUUGUGUCCAAGACAAUGAACUAAUCUCCGUUUACAAUCUUUCAACCACGGGAAGUUUAGAGGAAACCCUUCACGGUAAGCGAAAGGGAAAGUAUGUAUUAUCAUGGGAAGAGAGAUUCAAGAUAGCUAUCGGGUUGGCAGAAGCGUUAGACUAUCUUCAUAACCGAUGUUCUAAGCCAGUGAUUCAUAGAGAUGUCAAAACUUCUAACGUUCUUCUAUCAGCUGAGCUCCAACCUCAGGUAAUCUGUCAGAUUUUGGUCUGUCGAUGUGGGGACCGACAACAUCGUCUCGAUAUUCGAUACAGGGUGAUGUGGUGGGAACGUUUGGAUAUCUUGCACCGGAGUACUUCAUGUACGGAAAAGUCAGUGAUAAAGUCGAUGUUUACGCCUUUGGAGUGGUUCUGCUUGAACUCAUAUCUGGAAGACAUCCUAUUUCACCUCAGAAUCCUAGAGGACAAGAGAGUUUGGUCAUGUGGGCAAAGCCUUUGAUUGAUAGCGGAAAUUUAAAAAGGCUUUUGGAUCCAGACGUUACAGAUAUAUUCGACGAGUCUCAGUUUCAAAGAAUGGUACUUGCUGCUUCACAUUGCCUCACAAGAUCCGCCACACAUCGUCCCAAUAUCAGACAAGUAAGAUUUUCUUUCCUUCUCCAAGAAAACUAAGUCCCACAUGCAAGAACUAAUCUUUAGUGUUUCUUCAGAUACUGAGGCUACUAAGAGAUGAAAACGAAGCCGGGAAAUGGAUUAUGGAAGACGAUGAAAAUGGAGAUUGCUUUGAUGACGAGGUUUACCCGAAUUCCAGCACAGAAUUACACUUAAGCCUUGCGAUGCUUGAGGUGGAAGAUGAUGAAUCUGCAUCAAUCAGCAGCAUGGAGAGAAGUAACAACAGCCUUUUUUCUUCUACUUUUUCAUCUAGGGAGCUUCAAACAUAAGGAGUUCUGCUUUUAGUUAGGGGCUAGCUAGGUUAGAGGUUUGUUUCUUUAGUGUAUUAUGGAGUUAACUUGAUAACUUCUUGUUAGUCUUGAGCUCCCUGUUAUCUGAGACCAAAGAAUUCAUACCCAAGAUGAAUCAUUUUUCAGCAACAA